AUUCACUUUGCUGUCACGCAACUCAACGCGGUACGCACCACAAUACGACUACAGGCUACACUCACUUUCAGCAUUCAGAGGUACAGUAGUAUUGUGUGCGUGUGUCUGGAGCGGACAUUGAUUUCCCUUUACACAACCAGCUGAAGAUUCACCCAUGGCCAAACGAAAACGAGAGGCUGUCAAGGAGCCUCCAGUCAAGUCAAUCAAGAAGAAUGGUGUUCUGAAAGCACCAAUACCAUCAGCUGCAGAGCAUGUUGAUCCUAAUGCCUCCUCGUCAUCACAAGAAACUGCUUCCAUACAAAUCGUGCUUGGAUCAUAUGAGCGCGCUCUGCAUGGCUUUACCGCUUCGAUACCAACCACACCCAAGAAAAACAGCUCCGAACCACAGGCCAACUUUCUAGACACGUUUCUCUUCAAUGCUCACACCUCAUCUGUCCGAUGUCUCGCCAUAUCACCGCCAUUUGGCUCCGACGAUUCCAAAGUCAUUCUGGCCAGUGGAAGUACUGACGAACGGAUCAACCUCUACCAGCUAUCUACCUCGCCUCCAGCGCCUCAGGACGGACCGUCAUUACCCUCCCUCUCCGGCAUCUCGACUGCUGAGAACCCGAAGAAUCGCGAGCUCGGAUCGCUUCUCCACCAUUCCUCCAGUAUCACGGCUCUCUACUUCCCCACCAAGUCAAAGCUUCUAUCCGCAUCAGAAGACAACACCGUAGCCAUCGCGCAGAGAACGCAGGACUGGACAGUAAUGUCCACGAUCAAGGCACCCAUCCCGAAAGCAGUCGGCCGGCCCAGCGGAGACACCCUGGCCCCCGGCGAAGUCCCCGCCGGCGUCAACGACUUUGCCGUGCAUCCCAGCAUGAAGCUCAUGAUCACCGUCGGCAAAGGCGAGAAGUGCAUGCGUCUAUGGAACCUCCUGACCACCAAGAAAGCCGGCGUGCUGAACUUCAGCCGCGAGCUCCUCCAACAGGUCGGCGAAGGAAAGCAUUCCAGCGGCGAGGGCCGCAAAAUCGCAUGGGACACCGAUGGCGAGGAGUACACAAUCUCCUUUGAGCGCGGUGCGGUGGUAUAUGGACUCGACUCCAAACCACGCGCCGUCAUCAUUCCCGCUCCGCGAACGAAGAUUCACCAAAUCCACUAUGUUCCAGGUACCACAGCACCCCUCCUCGCCGUCUCGACGGAGGACGGCAGAAUCGUCUUUUACGCAACGCAGGUGUCCGCGCCUGAAGACGAUACCGACAAGAACACCAACAACAACACCACCAACGACGACGACGACGACGACGCGAAACUACCGGAAUGUCGCCCUGUAGCGGAACUAGGCGGGCGCGCAGCCGGCAUCGCAGGACGAAUCAAGGACUUUGAGAUCAUCAGCCACGACACGGGCUCCAGCGCUGGUGAAGCGAGGAGCUAUUCGGUCAUCGCGGGCAGCAGUGAUGGCGCGGUGCGAAUCUGGAGCGUGGGCAGGAAGGAACUGGAUGCGAAGAUCUCGGGGGGUGGUGAGGUGGAGACUGCGGAGGCGAAUGGGGAGGAUCCGGGGGAUGAGGAGGAGGCUGGGGAGGAGGGCGUGGGCAUGGGCGUGGGCGUGCUUGUUGGGACCUAUGAGACUGGGCACCGGAUUACAUGCCUCAAGGCAUUUCUCAUGACGGGCCGGUCGGCUGAGGCGGGAGGUCAAGCGGUGGAUGUUGUCGACGAUGAUGCUCCUGGAGACGAGAGCAGUGUUAGCGAGUAAGUAGGUUCCCCAUACUCCAUACUCUCGUCACGGGAUCAUUCCAUUCCAUUCCAUUCAUUCUACAUGUGCAAAACACUCCGCUACUACACCACCCCCUCACGCACCCCAAACAACAUCAAUCCUCUCCCCCACAACCCUCGCAUUAAACCACUCCAACACCCUCACCCUCUCCCCCACCG